UCUUUUUGAAAGCGGAAGUGAGCAGGUUGUGAAACAAAAAUGACAGAGCUAAAAUCUUUCAGCUUGAAAGAAGUGAAGGAGCAUAAUGACUCUAAAUCGACCUAUCUGGUUAUCUAUGAUCAGGUUUAUGAUGUGACCAAGUUUUUAGAAGAGCAUCCUGGUGGUGAAGAGGUUUUAUUGGAACAAGCAGGAGGAGAUGCCACAGAUGCAUUUGAAGAUGUCGGCCAUUCCACCGAUGCACGCGAGCUGAUGAAAGACUACUUAGUUGGAGAUAUUGUUGAGUCUGAUAAAAAGAACAGGAAGAAACAAGAGCGGUUAACACCAGCCAUGCAAGCAGAACAGUCCAGUGGCUGGACAGGAUGGUUGAUACCCCUGGGAAUUGCCAUGGCGGCCGCCAUUCUUUACAGAUUUGUGAUAGCCCCCAGCUCUUCGUAACACAUAUUGACUGUCUAAAAAGCACUAAACAAAGGACCAAGUCAGGAGGCUGAAGCGGGAAAGGUUCUUAGUGAACAACUCGAAUCUUUUUCUUUUUUGCUUCUUGAAGUGUGAUUCUCUGUUCUCUUAAUAUUUAUAAUGUGAUUCAUCAAUAAAUUCAACAUUGGCCUGAAUUUUUCUAUUGAUAAAUACUUGAAAAACAUGGUUGUUUUCAGUGUGGUUUUAUUUAAUAUGUAGCAUAUAUAUGUGCUGCUUAUACCUUCAAAGUUAAAGUAUACAAAUUACUGGUAACAACAUUCGCAAUCACCAAAAUGUUAUGACUUAAAGAAACCAAAUUGCAUAUUUCGUCCAAACAAAAUCAAACUAAAUAUAUGCCUGAAAUCAUGAGCAGUUUUUUUCACUGGUUUGGAAAUGUGGCAGAUUGAGAAAAGCUCAAAUUUUGCCCAUAAAUGAACAAGGUUGCUAUAAAAAUAGACACAAAGGCACUAAACAGCCAUAUUGCAUUAAAAGUGUAAACAAUACUUUAGAUCGCUAUUUAUUUUUAUAAGAACUUUUUUCAGUUAUUAUUGGUUUUUUGAGCAUUUCAACAAGAUGACGUGAUAUAAACCUCUUUUGUAUACAAGAGCUAUUGUUAUGCUUUAAAAUUCCAAACAUUAUUUGAAUAGUUGCAAAAGAAAAUAGCAAAAUAAAGGCAAAUAAAUAGGCAAUGUACAAUUUUCUACCCAUUGUUUCAUGUAACAGUGUUUUCUUUGUAGUCAUUUAUACAAUAAGACCCAUAUCAGAAUCAUUCUCAUUAAUCAGAGGUUUGAUAAUGAUUAAUCUAUGUUGUAUGUGUAGCAUCAUAACUGGUGUACGAGAAUGAUCAGAAUGGUAACAAAUAGAACUGUUUUAUAGUGCUACAAAUAACGUUAGUCACUUAUGCAGCACCUUCGUUACAUAUGAUGUUCUUGACAACAAGAUACAAGAAAGUUUCAUCACUCCAAACCCUCAUGAUUGGAAUUACUCACCUGCGCUAAAGCACUCAUGUAUAAUAUCAAUAACUCUGAUUAUGGGUGCCGUAACUCUUUUUUUGGUGGCAAUAUUUAGCACUAUAUUAGUAAUCGAACUGUAAUAUCUUUUUGGAAUUUAAGUUUAACUGUGUGGAAGUUGAAAUUUAGUCAUAGUUCUACAUGUUUGUUGUACUUUUUAAUAAAAGUAUUAUUUGUAAUAUCGUUAACAAAUUUAAUCAAUAUACUUUGCUGAGUUUACAUAUUAAUUAAAACAAUCUGAAAACUGUAACUUAAAUACUUUUCAUAAGUCAAGUAAGUAGAUAUUUAUUCAACAUAUUAUACAUGCAUUAAGCAGAUGGUUAUGUUAUUUCAUGGAAACAUUUAUCUUGAGCCAUGUGUGGGUGUUAUGAUGUGUAUACAUGAACAGACAAAAUUAUAUAAUGGUGUGUUAAAAGUUUUUCCAUAGCAUUUCUGUAUGUUUCAGCGAAAUGUUGUUUCUUUUCCUGUGCAAUUGCUGUUUUGAAAUUCUAUGAAUGCCAAUAUUAAACACACAAUGAUACAUUCCCUUCUUAAAUCCAGAUUUUCACAUAUAUAUUUUUUUUUUUGGAAAACUCAUUCUUAACACUUACAGUAGUACAUUUAUAAAUUAUGAUAACAAAUCAUUGAAGUAAUGUGAGAAAUCUUUUUUCCAUCCUUUUUCCAUCUGCAAUGUGUUGCUAUUAUUUUUGUCUUAAAGCGCAAUAUUGUCAUAUACCUUUUGUAAAGGCUGUUUUCUGUAUGUGUGUAAGUCACAUUUUAGAAGACGCAAUCAUUGCUGUUUUACAUGCGGUUUGUUUUAGAACUACUCAACUUUAUUACAUAAUAUAUUUUUACAACUGCAUCUAGGUUGUUCUCUGUAAGUCAAUUUUUGUGGGGGUGGGGGUAUUAAUUUAACCUUUUUUUAACCCGUCAUUUUAAAAAUAAUAUACUGAUACUAAUAUACUCGUAUAUAUAGUAAAAUAAAACGAAAAUGUUUCAAUGCAGAAUAUUCUACAAGUGGUUUAUCAAAUUGAAUAGUAAAGAUUCUAAUUUA